AGAAUGUGAUUGCAUGCUGUAACAUUAAGAUCUGGCUUUACUGGAACUAAGGGGCCUAGCCCUAACCAUGAAAAACAGCCCCAGACAAAGGGGUGUCCAGAUAUUUUUGGUCAUAUAGUUUAUCUUCUUAUAGCCUCCACUGCUUUGUAAGAGUCAGAUAUCGUCAUUUUCAAGUCCUCAGUCAGCUGCUUAGUAGAGCCCAUGGUUGUUGAGAGUAAGCAUAACACUGGGAAUUUAAAAGGGUCAGAGUAUUUAUUACUCUGGAACUGUUACCUGCGUUAAUUUAAGGCUGAACAUGUCAAUCAAGUUUUAAGACCAUUUUUAAGAAGAAGAAAGCAAAAGUAUUCAUGGAUCAACAGGAAGGAUGCCCAAACCUUUGCACAUGCCACAUUUAUGGUUUUAUUUAAUUCAGAAAAUAAAUAGUAAUUGUGCAUUUAAUGUUCUUUUUUAAACUUGUUUUCACUUAGAGAUUCAAGAAAACAUGCAAUUUCAGAUCUUUAAGGAAGUGGUCAUAUUUUGUACUCGGUUGCAAAUCUUUUGCAUACGAUGACAGCCUGCAGUCUGCAGCCCAUAGACAUCACCAGAGGCUGGGAAUCUGAUGCUUUGUCUAUGCAUCACUAGCUAGUAUAUAUCACUCCAGUAGUGCUGUGAUUCACCAGCAUUGGCACAGUUCCUUUAAGACAAGCAAAGCAUUCAAAGUGCUGCUGAGGUAAACAGAAACCUUUAUGCAAAGUGAGGCCUUCUGCAAGUCAACUAACCCGUUUGUGCAGCAUCCGGUGUGCUGCAGAAGCCAGUAGACCACAGGAAGCCUGCAGCUCUUGAAUUUAUGGCAGAAAACUCUUAGUGCAGUAUGUCUGUGCAUGUGUGUGAUUCUGUCUGCUUCACAGAGUGUAUAUCUCUCUAUCUUUCCCUUUCUGUUUUUCUGUGUGUCUCUGUGUGUGGUUAGUCAGCCCUCCCCGUCUCCCCUCUGUUUGCAAGCUCCUAGUGAGUAACUGAACAAGUGGGCUGUUCCACCCUGUUUUACCCUGGGCUACACUGAGCUGAGUGAUUGUCACCCACAUGGAGAGCGAGGUGUGGGGGGAUAUCAGCAUAGAGGAAAUGAUUGAAAAACUGAACAAGGACUUCCACGAGGAGAUGGCGGUGGUUUUGGAGAACAGGAGAAAGCUGGAGAGGGUUGGCUCAUGCUUGGCCCAGGUCAGCCGGGAGGGCAUGACCUCCGAGACCCAGCCCAAUGCGGAGGGGACUCGUGAGCACUGGCAGCACUUGCUGAAUCUCAAUGGGGCCAGGGUGAAGAGGCUGCAGAAGACACUGAUUGCUGUGGAGCAACUGGAGAAGAACAUGAGCAGCCUCCAGUCCUGGCUGGCCCAUAUUGAGACCAAGCUGUCUGACCCCAUCACCUAUCAUACCUGCGACUCCCAGGAGAUCCAGAGGAAGCUAAGCCAACAACAGGAUAUCCAGAGAGACAUCGAGGAGCACAGCACAGGCAUGGAGUCUGUGCUGAGUCUCUGUGAGGCCAUGCUGCAGGACUGUGACGUGUGUGACACUGACACCCAGUUCGACUCCAUCCAGCAGGCCUCUCGUACCCUGGAGCAGCAAUGGAGGACUGUUCAAGCGACAUCCGCACAGAGAAUAAACCAGAUCAAGGAAACUGGGAGUUUGUGGGAGAGGUUCAUGGAGGACUUUUCCUGCUUUGAGGACUGGCUUCAGGCCUCUGAGAAGAUGGCUGCCUUGCCCAGUUCCUCUGGGCUGCUCUACACUGCAGCCAAACAGGAGCUUAAGAAGCUUAAGGCCCUGGAACAGCAGGUGCAGGGGAACGUGACCCAGCUGGACAUAAUCAUCAGACAGUACCAGCAUCUAGAGCGAGAGGACCGCACAGAUGACUCAUGCCAGCUCCGGGACAUGGUGCAUGAUGGGAAACAACGCUGGGAAGCCUUGAAUGAUAUGGUAGCCUCUGGUCUGCAUAGACUCAAGGAGUUCAUAGGAGUGAGGGAGGCGUUUGAAUCAGCCAGAGAUGCAGUCCUAAUAUGGGUGACCACCAUUGACCUGCAGCUGACCAACAUUGAACAUUUUUCCGAGUGUGACCCAGAGGAUAAAUUUACCCUGUUCCAGGUAUUGCAGGAAGAGAUCUCUCUGAAUGCAGGCAAGAUUGAGGAUACCAUCCACCAGGGAAAGCUCCUGAUUCAGAGGAGUGAGCCCCUUGAUGCCACUGUUAUUGAGGAAGAGUGUGCUGAGCUGCAAAGAUACUGCAAGGAAGUGUUUAACCGUGUGGAUUGUUACCAGGAGAAGCUCAUUGGUCUGCCGUUUGCAGUGGAUGAGCAUGGCCUUUCUGACCCGGAGGAGUCAGAAGAGCUGGCCGAGUUUCUUUGGAAUGGAUGUGUCAGUGACAAUCGCCUGGCUUCGCCCGCUUCCUCCGCAGUAUUGCACAUGCAGGGUGAGGAUUCGGGACGAGGAAGUCCUGCCAGCGCGGACUCCAUUCCCCUGGAGUGGGACCAUGAAUAUGACCUUUCACACAUCUCUGCUUUUCACUCAGGUUAUGUUGGCUCACUGGACACGUAUGUUCAGCAGCCGCAAAAGUUCCUUCAUACCAGUCACCUCUACUUAACAGAUUGGUCUGAUUUUGUUUGCCCCACUAGUACAGAGUCAGGAACCACGGACUUGAUCGAGCAUUGGGAGCUGACCCCAGAGCAGGUGUCAAUUGAGGAGCUCUGCAUGAAACAUGACCUGAAUCAGGGGCAACAGCUGAACUCUCAUGACCUACAGAGAUUAUGGGUGGGACUUGGCCUGGCAGAGGCAGAGCUGGACCAACUUCGGGGGUGGGACGUCAGAGCUAAUCCCCAGACCACUGAGCUACACAUCAGGAGGUUCAAGCAAAUCCAUGCAGAGUUGAUGGAGUUACGACUGAAGGUUAAAUUGCCAGGCGACCCGUCCUGCCGGCCGCUAACCAAAACAGAAUCAGGGGACUGCCUGGAGGCAGAGGAGAAGGAGCACCACUUCAGAGGCCGACUUGAGUGGCUUCUGAAGGAAUUGACCAGGGUCAUCGGGGAGCUGGAAUGUGCUCCAGACAUUGGAGGUGGCUGGGAGCCACAGUGUAAAGGCAGCUCAACACAGCCUGAACCCACAGUCAGUACUCAACAACCCAGGACUCACAGAGGUGUCAGUUCUGCCCCCUCCUGCUCUGCGUGGUAUUGGCAGGCCUUCCUCCGGCGUGUGCUGUGGACCGCCCUGCCCCUCCAGUUCUUCUUCCUUGUCCUCCUCGGUCUGGCUUGCUUGGUGCCUCCAACCCAGGAGGACCACAGCUAUGCCCUUGCCAAAAUCCUUGUACAAAAUCUGCACCCCACACUGUGCUACACUCAUGGACCACCACCUAUAUGAGCAGAGAGGGGACUGGCUAUUUUUUUUUUCAUCUCUGACAAUUCUGUGAAUGUAAGUCUACUUCAAUCAGCAGCCAAUCAUCGGCAGGACGAAGCGCAGUAUCUGGGAUUCAUAUUAUCUGGUUCACAUGAUUUAAAUUCAGUUGUUUUUGUCUUCAGUGCAGGGUCUUCAUUGUUAUAUAAAAUGGAGGGAAAACGAAACAAAAAAGAUUCUUUCAUAGAAUGCAAUUAAUUUUAGGACUGCUGAAGAGAAGUGCAGAUGUAGAUCUUUCACAGAACUGACCAUUUUUGUUUGAAUUGCACAAUGAAAUGUAUUCUUAAAUAUUAUUUCAAAAAUAUUAUGUUUGCGUUUUUAUGUAUUUUUGUGUGGAAUUAUGAUUUUUGAAUAUUUUUUAAAAAAUGGCACCAGUACUUUCAACUAAUUUGUGCAAUAAGAGGAAAACAAACAUUUCCCUCCUUAUCUCUCAGAAAUAACAGGAACAAAACUCUUGUGUCUAAAAUAUACAAACACUCACCUCAGCAGAUGACAGUAUGUAUAUUUGAAAGACAAAUGGACUGAAAAUAUUGGUAUCUGCAAUAAUCUGAAAUACUGGAACAAGUAUAAAAGAAUAUUCUCGUCCUCAUGUAAGCAUUUUAUUCAGACAGUAUUUACAGUUCUGUGAGAAGUGUACCCCUUAUGAGGUCUUGUUUGUUAGACCCCGUAAGGUCUUCAUUUUAAUAAUAUUGACAAAUAAAGAAUGUAAAAAAAAAAAUUAUUGUAUUAUAUAAAAUGCAAUAUCCUUCUGCAGAAAAGUAACGGCCAACCUUUACCAUCCCAUGAAAAGGCAUAUGUAAAACAAGAUGCAUAUGAUUAGAAAUCAUUAGAGAAUCUUGGAGCCUUGAAUAAAGUUCAGAAUCCUGUUCUGAUUUGGUAUUAUCCAUUGGUAUUAUCCAUACAGGGUUGUGGUAAAACAUCAUGAGAUCUUCACAAGAAAGAUUAUUCAUGUUGUGAUGACCCCUCCCACUCUGCUUGUGGCUCCUUGUGUGUGUUUUGCCUGUUUAUCCUGUUCCUGUGUAGGAGGUGUGUCAAGAGGAUGAGCCACACCUGAAUCAAUUCCUCCUGAUUGCAGAGUGGCAGAGGUGUAUCAGGAGGAGGAGCCACACCUGAAUUAAUUUCUCCUGAUUGCUAUAUAAGAGGGCUGAAUGACAGUUCUCUCUCUCUCUCCCCUGCUAACAGGGUUUUGUUUGCUGGUGUUUUUUUUUUUGGUUUACUAUUACUUAAAUAAACCUGUUUACUUUAAUUCCUGA